AUGACUUUCAGCAAGAAAAAGUUUUAUUUUCUCAAUUGGAUCUUAACUGCUCCGGUUACACAUCAACUGGAUGCAACAAAAGGCAAUGAAGUUAUUCAAAUAUAUAUCCAAGAUCUAGAUGGAUGUCGAAAUGUAAAAGACUAUACAUUUCCAAUUGUUCAAGCAGGUCUGUCAUUUGCCGCGCUUAAAAUUCAUUUAUUAUAUCCAAAAACUAAGUGCUCAAAUAGAGCUCAACGGAUUCUCGUUAAAAUAAGAAUUUUACGUGGAAUUCAAGAACAAGUUAUUUAUACAAACGACUUCAUGUUAUGGGCACCUCAACAUAUUAAUUCAAAUAUUCUCCAAAUACCAAUUUAUCGUAUAUGGUACGAGGAUGAUUAUUAUAAUAUGCUCUUGGCAAAUUUGUUUUCAUAA